GAGAGUGGGGCGACUUCCAGUUGAGAGAUGGCGGCCACCGCGGGCAGAUCGCUGCUGCUCCUCCUCCUCUCCCGGACUCCCGGCGGCGUCGGAGGAGGAGGAGCGGCGCUGACAGCCGCCGGCUGCUUCCCGGGGCUGGGGCGGCACCGUCAGCAGCAGCGGCACCGGACGGCACACCAAAGGCUUCCUCCAUGGCAGACCAUGAGAGUGGUUUAUUGCAGUACUGUAGUGCCCUCUGAUGACGUUACAGUGGUUUACCAAAACGGGUUACCUGUAAUAUCUGUGAAUCUUCCAUCUCGCCGUGAGCGCUGCCAGUUUACACUUAAGCCUAUCUCAGACUCGGUUGGAGUAUUCUUACGGCAACUACAGGCAGAAGACCGAGGAAUUGACCGGGUUGCAAUUUACUCAUCAGACGGGACACGCGUAGCCUCUUCAACAGGCAUAGAUCUUCUACUCCUCGAUGAUUUCAAACUAGUAAUUAAUGACUUGACUUAUCAUGUUCGUCCACCAAAGAGAGAUCUCUUAAGCCACGAAGAUGCAACCACGCUGAAUGAUGUAAAGACAUUGGUUCAGCAGCUAUACACUACACUGUGUAUUGAAGAACACCAGCUGAAUAAGGAGAAGGAGCUAAUUGGGCGGCUAGAAGACCUCAAACAGCAAUUAGCGCCCCUGGAAAAGGUUAGGAUGGAUAUCUGCAGAAAAGCAGAGAAGAGGACCACCUGGGUGCUAUGGGGUGGGUUGGCUUACAUGGCCACGCAGUUUGGGAUUCUGGCCCGGCUCACCUGGUGGGAAUACUCUUGGGACAUUAUGGAGCCCGUCACCUACUUCAUCACAUACGGUAGUGCCAUGGCAAUGUAUGCAUACUUCGUAGUAACGCGUCAGGAGUAUGUAUACCCAGAUGCCAGAGACAGGCAGUACUUAUUAUUUCUCCAUAAAGGAGCCAAAAAGACGCGUUUUGACUUAGAAAAAUACAACCAACUCAAGGACGCUAUUGCUCAGGCAGAAUUGGAUCUUAAGAGGCUUCGGGACCCCUUGCAGGUGCAUUUGCCUGUCCGACAAAUCAGCGAUAAAGAUUGAUCAGCAGAGGACCUCUGAACCCUGGCAGAAUUGGCACACCUGUUCAUAGCUCUCGCCUCUUUAAUUAAAGCAUUGCAGUUUGAAGUUGGGAGGUCUUGUGGGGGUGGAGGGCUUUUUUAUCAUUCAAAACAGAACAAGGACCUUGGCUGGGGAGGGGGCAAUGUGUUCAAUCAGAAGAUCAGGCGUUGUGGGAUGUUAAGUCUUUCCAAAGGGCUUGGCGAACAUUGUCACAUUCAAACGUUCUUUCUUUCCAGAUGAAAAUAUAUAUUUAAAAGUUGGGCAUUUCAUGUAGAGACUGAAUAUGGAGGCAUAUUUUUCCAGCUUUGCAGAGUCUGCCUCUUGAUGGUGCACCAGCAGCCUGCUCAGCUUCUUUCUUUUUUAGAAACAAUUAUAAAAGUGCACUAAACAAAAGUGAAGAAAACAGUCAAGCCAUCCUAAGAAACUAUGGCUGGUGAUCCGAAAAAGAACUUUGCCUCCAUUUAACAUGCACUCUAUAUUGGACCUCUAGAUUGUGUCUUCUUUGUAACAUCAAUGUGAAACUGUUCUUUAUUUUGAAAAAUAAAUCAUGAGCUUCCCCUUCCUGCCCACUUACUAACAAGCAGGCUUCCUCCUUUACUGGAUGAUUAGCGAUGUUAUCAGUUUUAUCAUGAUCACAAACUGAAUAACCCUUGUUUUGAACGUUUGAUAAUUGACACUUUGAAUUAUUCCUGAAUAUCUUCUUAAACUUCAACAUGCCCUGGAUCUACUUCUACAUAUAAAUGGUGAUGUUGCAUGAGAGAAUUCUACAUAUUCAGUCUUAAGGGAGUAAAGUCCCCCCCCCCACUCUUUUCACCCCCAAAUCUGGUAGCCACCUGGAUUAUCAAACCAAAAAAGGUUGGAGAUAUAUAGUAUUUGGCUCAAAAUCAUGACUUUUUAUGAAGCAGCUUUAGAACAGGAAUAAUUAAAUUUGAUGUUUGCACAGCAGAAUGAAUUAUGUGUCUUGAUGAAAUUGCUUAGUCUAGUGACUUUGUCAGAGGUCUGGAGCAAGACGCAGAGUUCCACAUUGAUUCACAAACUGACUCUUAUUUAAGUAGCUUUAAAAGAAUGCUCUGAUGCCUAAGGGCCAGGCGUUCGGUAGGGUAGCCGAUUGCAAACCCCUCUCUUAUUUAAACAGUUAAGGAAAUGGCACUCCUCCUCCACCUUGUGCAAACCAGCUGGUUUUUUUCUAAGUGGAUCUUGCAUCCUGCACUGCGUGGAAUCAGCCUCUUCUUAUCAUCUUCUUUGAUAAAUACUGUGGAGACAGGAUGGAGGUUGGAGAAGGGCUCUAAGCUUAAUUCACAGAAAGGCCGGGUGUUUCCUUUCAGUUCACUACUUCUCACUGUGUCAAGGCGAGAGGCUCCCACUUUCUGGAGAACCAUGUUUUAAAGUGUACAAAAUAAAAUAUAAACCAGACGCCAGGUGCCUUGCAGAUGUGGAAAUGCAGACGGGAUUGUUGCUGCCUCCUCUCACUCGAUGGCAUGUUGGACUGAAUGGAUGCAUGUUCCAAGGUGUUUUUCUCUCCCCAUCUUUCCUCCUCGGUCCUUCUGUUUUCAAUUAUGAUUUUUAUUAUGAUUUUUUAAAAUACCUGUUUUAUCCUCUUUGUAUGCAGCAUUUUAAAAAGGAAGGAAAUGAACAGUCCUUUAGCGGAAUCCUUUGUGCGUGUUUGGGGUGAGGGAGGGGGCAUGGAGAAAAGUCCUUAAAAAUAAAAUACUGAACAUGUGUAAAAUCCUGUAUCAUUUAUUAAAUAUGUAUAAAAGAGCAAUGUACUUCUGGAACAAUAAAUAACUAUUCAGUUUUUGAA